AUGGACGCUCUACCUUACACGGAGCCCGAUUGGGUGCUCCUCUUGAUCAUCGCCGCUUUCAUCGUUGGAUUGAGUCUGCUUCACUGGGCCCUCUCGGCCACGCUGUAUGCGGGCUUGUUGGGCCAAUUGCUACUUGGCGCAGUCUUUGGCACGCCUCUGCUGCGUCUUUUGCCGCAAACGUUUGAGCAUACGGCACAGCAGCUUGGAUACGUUGGCCUGCUCCUCCUCAUUGCGCGAGGAGGCAGCGAGACGCGUCUGGAUGUGCUCUCGCAGCCUCGCAACUUGCUCCUCUCCAUCCUCGUAGGACUGACAGGCAUAGGUCUCCCCAUCGGUCUCAGCUUUGCUCUGCUCACUUCGCCUGCGUACGGCUACUCGACGCUCCAGGCAUUCUCGACGGGCGCCGCGCUCAGUGCGACCAGCCUCGGUACCGUCUUUGCAGUGUUGGAAGCGCUUUCACAGAGUCUCAAGAGCGAGGAAUCCACCCCUGACCAGUGUGGUCAUCUUGAACAGACGGCACCAAAAGAUCACGCUCUGAUCCAAGAAAUUGGCGCGCUAGCAUCUGGCAAUGAAGAUACAGCGAUCCAUGGCGGCCCAUCUGCUGCAUCGCCUGCGGCGAUCAAUACCGCGCAGGGCGACGCGGCCCACAAAUCAUCUGCUCCGCGUUGCGAGCCAAAGCAAACGUCCCAGCUGGGUAACUCGCGCAUCGUCUCCAUUCUCGUCAGCGCCGCAUUGCUGGACGACGUCAUCGGACUAGUGUUGGCCAGCGUCGUGACGAGCUUGGGUCAUGCAGAGAGCGCCGAGGCAGCGCCCUCUACAUCCCGUUGGCCUCUUGCUCGUCCCGUCGUCGCGAGCUUUGCACUGAUACUGGUGACUGUGAUCGUCUGUCGUCUGGUAGCCUGCGUAGCAUUACUGCUGGCGAGGCGCUCAAAGCGGAGCCGUUCCGAGGUACAAGCGACGCGCACGCAUCGAAUCCUCCUGAACUUUGUCAAGACCCACGCAUCGUCCAUCUCUUCAUUGCUUCUGAUCGCUUGCAUCUGCUCAUUUGUAGCCAUCGCUCAUGUCAGUGGCAGCACGAUGCUGCUGGGCGCUUUCUGUGCAGGAGCAAGCACAACUUGGCUUCAUUCGCGUCUCGUCGAGAUUCGGAGGACCGUCGCCGAAGAACACGUCACGAUCAACUCCACCGUCACUGCGAGCUUGCCGAAUCAACUCGAGCCAGGAAAAGCCUGGGCCAAGCUGGAGGAGAUUACAGCAUACAUCCUGGUACCAUUCUUCUUUUCCUCUAUUGGCAUGGCUAUCCCAGUCAGGCAGCUCUUUACCCCGUCAGUCGUCUGGAAAGGCUGGGUUUACGCAUGUGUCAUGGCAUUUGCAAAGGUGCUUCCUGGACUAUGGAUCUUGCUUGCCCAACGCUUGGAAGGUGCUCUGAGUAGACGUGUCGAGGCGCCAAAUCACGUCACGCGCACAUCACCCCCACAGGCGACAUUUCGUCCGGGAGCAGAGCGGUUAGGAGAGGCUAGCGAUAGCAUCGCGCUCGACGUCGAAUUGAGGGCUGCGUCGCAGGACUUUACUGCUCGAGCGUCAGUCGUCCCCUCCGAUGGUGCUGUCCGAUCGGCUUGGCGACCUGCACUCCUCUUGGGUCUGUGUUUGGUCAGUCGAGGGGAAGUCGGUUUCAUCAUCAUCAACCUCGCAAGAGAGGCCGGCAUUUUGCCAGCAUCGUCGCCGCAAGGCAACGACGCUUUCAACAUUGGUAUCUGGGCCAUCGUCCUGAACACUCUUUUCGGCCCGCUUGCGGUUGGAUUUUUCCUCAAGUCGAAGAUGACGACCAAAGCGAACGAUCGCACACGUCUGCAUCGGUCAAGCCAAGACGAGAAUGCUCGCGAAACACGGAGCAGCGUGGCCCAAAGCAUCUUGCGAGGACCUUGGGGUGCUGCUUGA